AUGGCCAAGUUCCGUGUCGAACGACCUGGAGAUGGACCAGGCACUGUGACGUUGAUGCGGGAAGUUCGCGAGCACCCAGACUCGGCUGACAAAGAAGCCUACGUCACCUCGAAUUGGGUAUGCGAGGAGGCCGGUGAGCUUUCGGAGAUCUCAGAAGCCGGAUACAGAGAAUGGCUCUCGAAGUCUCUUUUGUCCUUUGAUGGUGACCUUCUCUUGCCUCAGUUUGGUCUGAUGGAGAGUCGGAGCGCGACUGCUCUGUUGGCCAUGAUUCCGGCUGAGUUGGAGAAAGUGGGGGCCGCUAUCCAGGCUGCCGGACCCUUGCUGAAGCGCAAGACUGCGAAGACAGCAAGGGCAAAUCCUGGCACAGCCGGUGUGGUGCGUGCUGAAGCCUGGCUGUCGCGACGCGUCGAUGAAAUCUACAGACAGCUGACGCGCGAACCUGUCGAUGACAGAAUGGAGGAAUGGGGCGAGGGAGGACAGGCUCUUCUUCAGCGGCAGCCGGAUGGCUCGUUUGAUUUACUGACUUCCAUGCGGCGGGGUGCUGCAGCUUGCGGCUAUGGUACCCCCUUGAAGAGCCUGUCGGAUGGGGCCAGGGACAUUUGCGCCCUGAGCCUGCUCUUUGCCCUUCCGGGAUUCAUGAAUGGCAUGCAAGAUUCGCUGCCACCUUUUAUGGUGCUGGAUGAGCCGGACUCCCGGUUGGACAAGCGCCAUGCAAGUGCACUGCGGGACUUCUUGCAGGGGCCUGACGGCCCCAAGCAGUGCAUAUGGAUGAGCCUGAACAAUCAUUCGGCGUUUCCUGAAGACUCUGUUCUGGAGGAGGAGGAGGCACAGCACAGUCCGAGAUGA